UUGUUGCACAUUGAGGGGAUGAAGGAAGACCAGGUUAGGGAUCUCUUCCUUAUUUUACUAGAGGAAGUAUGUGGCUGUGUGCUGUUUUCAGUAGACCAUCGCUCAGUUUAGUUAAGUCUGCAGUGCAGUGCAGGCCACUCACAACACAACUGCUCUUACUGCUGGACGUCGGUCUGAGACCAGAGCAGUAUUUCUUAACUCUGAACCACCUGCUUCAACUUUAUUAGGAGCAGCUAGCAAGAACUGAAGCUUUGCCGUCUGAAGGAAACAUGGAUAUUUAGCUGCUUCAAGUGAAAGCAUCUGUAGAGCUGCGGCCUCUAAACGGCCAUCAUGGGGAAUGUAAUGACGCAGGAAAAGACAGACCCAGAGCCAAACAACUCUGAUAGCAUGUUUAAAGACUGUGACAGUCUUGUGGUGCUCUCUGAUUAUCCAUGUCGAGACAUUAGUCAACCGAUCUUUAAGAUCGGGGAAAAACUCAAAGGUCUUUCUGAAGAGGGUUGCUGGUGGAAAGUACGUUCUCUUCAACAAGGAACUGAGAAUUACAUUCCGAGUAAUUAUGUGGCAAAGGUUUAUCACGGAUGGCUGUUUGAGGGAAUUAGCAGACAAAAGGCAGAAGAGCUUUUGUUACUGCCUGGUAAUGGUUUUGGAUCAUUCCUUAUAAGAGAAAGUCCACAAGAGAGAGGUGUAUAUUCUCUCUCUGUGAGACACAGGACCAUAAAGCACUAUAAAAUAUUCCGUCUGACUAAUAGCUGGUACUACAUCUCCCCACGGCUUACCUUUCAGUGUCUGGAGGACAUGGUCAAUCACUACUCUGACUCAUCAGAUGGUAUAUGUUGUGCUCUCAGCACUCCGUGUCUGGCUCUGUCCAACCCUGUGCCGAGCACAACCCUGGAAAGGCCACCUGUUGUAAUGCGCCGUAACUUGGAUUGGAAGAAAGUGAAUAAGUCACAGCUGAUGAGCCCAAGCGAGCUGGAUAACAUGGACAGCAAAGAUAACAUGAUGAGCUACGGUGUGAGGAGCAGCAUAGCUGCCUAUCUGUCUUUAGCAUCAGCACCUGAGCUAGAGAACAGCAAAGGCCGCAAGAAGAAGGGGAAGUCUGUCUACGUGAUGACUGACCACAGUAAUAUAACUGAAGAUGAAGACUAUUAGUGUAUGACCAUAGACAUUUAAUCUACUGACACAUUGCUAUGGACUGUAAUAUUUUUGCACUGGGUCAAGAUAAUCUUUUGCAUACGUGUCCAGGUCACUUUUCUAUGGAAGCCGUUUCUGCCAUGGAAAAACAUUUUUUGAAACAUAAGUGCGACUUUUUAACUAAGACUCGUUAAAUUGUGAGACAUAAACAUAUAUAUUUUUUCCUUGCACUUCUGAGUUUACAUUUCGCAAUUAUGGUAGAAAUAAAAAGACUGUUGCCUUUAGGUUCUGUGAUGAAACAGGCUUUCAUAAAUUUCACCCUAAAAUCAAAUAGAAACAAAGUACCCAUUAUUUUUAUAUAUGACAGUUGUUCACAUGUAGGCUACUGUUAUGUGUUUGGAUGUUUUACUUUUGAACAUUUAGUGAUUAGAUUCUUAGUAAUGUAUUGUUUUAUGUUAUUAAAUAUUUAUUAAUUUUAAUUUUAGGGUGAAAUAUGACCCAGACCUAUUCCUUAUGUGCUUAUGUGAGAUUCACCCUAUUGCGAUUUCAGUAUGUUUCACAAUUAAAGAAGAAUGUUGACUCCCUUCUUUUUUCUUGGUUUACUUUAUAUAGUCGAGCACCUACAGUGACUUUUUGAGGAUAUGUGCAUUUUUUUAACUUCACUGUGAAUCAUGUAGUUUCUUCCUUAUGAACACUGAGCCAGUUAAUAAAUAAUGCAGUAAUAGCAUGUUAUAGGAACAAGUUUUAUUGCUUUUUUUUAUUUUUGGGUGUGUGAAAACUUGUAAACACUUGUAAUUUAAUGUACAUAUGUCUUUAUCGACGAGCCACUGCUAUCUUUCUUCAGACUAGUUGGAAGCAUGUUUAAUUAAAGAAAUGAGAGGUGGGA